AUGAAUUCAAGCCACAAGCUCUUGAAUCAGUUGACUGUGGGAUUUGAUUCCAAGAAAAUCAAGGUUAGAGUGACGCGCAUGUGGGAUGCCAUUAACACAAAUACUGGUGAUGUGUUUGCUCUUGAAAUGGUACUGCUCGAUGAAAAUGAUAAUCAUAUGGUAGCUAUUGUACCAAAAAAUUUGGUACAAAGGUUUCGACCACAACUACUUGAGGGAGAUGUCUAUAUUUUGGAGAAAUUUAGAGUGACACCAAGAAAACAAUCUUGGAAUGUUGUGCACAAUGAGCAUAAUAUUUAUUUCACUUAUACAACUCUGGUGAAAAAGCUUGAUGGUCGAAUGAGUUCAAUAAAAUUUCACAAAUUUGAAUUCAUCGAUUUCAAUGACCUCUCUUCACGAUGUCAAGUUUUUACAUUCUUAUCAGAUGUGGUGGGAAGACUUUCUAAAGUGGGAGCAAUUUAUGAAGUUUCGAAGAGUAAUGGAACUGUAAAAAAACGAGAUAUUGCAAUUACUAAUAAAAGUGGUGAAAGCAUUAAUGUCACAUUAUGGGGAACAACAUCGAAUCAGUUCGAUGAUGAGACUAUUUUGGUGUCUGAUCAACCAUUAGUGUUGGUGAUCUCUUCAAUGACAGUUAAACAAUUCAGAGGUUCAUACUAUCUGUCAUCAACAACUGCCACACGAGUAUAUAUGAAUCUAAAUAUUUCUAAAGUUGCAGAUUAUUUGAAUUGCAUUGAUAGCACUGCUUGUCAAACUAUUGAGGUUUUACAUCCUCAAAAGACGCAAGAAGCUAUACAGCAACUAAUGUUCAAGAAUCGAAAAUUAUUAUCGGAGAUAUAUCAGAUAAUGGCCGGUGUUGAAACAGAGGAAUUGGUUUACACUUCCAAAGUGACAAUUCUGAAAGUUGAUUUCAAUAGUCAACUGUACUACAAAGCAUGUCCAAAAUGUCAGAGAAAAGUGACAUUAGAAGGAUCUAAUUUUGUGUGCAAUGCUUGCAAUCAAAAUGUGGAGUAUCCUAAAUUGAGGUAUAUGUUAAAAGUCUUGGCAAAUGAUGCAACCGGUAGUGCUUGGUUUGUUAUAUUUGAUCAAGAGGCUGAAAGAAUAAUAGAACACAAACUUUCUUUUGUUCUUGAAGAAUUUAAUAAGAUUGGUGGAACCAACAACCAAUACCAACCUGAAACAUUUUCUUCCCAGAUCCCAAUUAGUAGACUGGAUGAUUCUAAUCAACAGCAUUUCAAUACACUUCAUAUGAAUCAUUCAUCAGAGGGUUCAACAAAAAUCACAGAAGAAGGGAAUUCUCAUAAAAAGAUUUGCAUGAGAAGUGAUAAUGAAAAAUCAAUAAAUGUUGAUUUGCACGGACAAAUCGAGGAGAAUGUUCAAACAGAAGAAAAUUCAAAACAAGUUCCUGAAGAAUAG